AUGUAUAAUUGGGCAUCAUGUACAACGCCUUCGAACUCGGGCCCAGGUACAUAUGAAUCUGUGAAGCCAACUAGGAAGAAAAAUCAGUCAAAGAACCCAUUUACAUUUGGUUCUUCUUUUAAUCCAAAUCCUAUCCCAGGAAAAGAUGCUCCUCCUGUUGGGAAUUAUAAUCCGCAAGAUAAAAUACAGCAUGAAGUCCCAAAAUAUUCAUUUUCAAAAUCUAAAAGAGUGAUUUUUGACAUUUCAAAAAAUCCGUCACCGACAGCUUACAGUCAUAUGGAAACAUGGACUCUGAAAGAAAAAAUGCCAUCUCGAAUUGUUCCUCCUCGCCCAGACCACAAAAUUUUCACUUCUCUUUCAAAUCCAAACAAAAUUGAAGAAGGAAUUCGCAACACAUCAUUCAUUCCAUCUCGCGGAUCAGAGUGGCUUGGUCCUGGUACAUACAAUCAAUACCAAUUCGAAAACAAAUUUCAUCCAAAAUACACGCUAUCAAUAGAAAAAUCAAGACCAAUCUCUUCAAUGAAUACACAUACUAAAAAUGAUGAUCCUGGUCCAGGAUCUUACGAUAUUAUUUGCAGAUCAACGAAAAUUCCACAUUGUUUUGGAGAAUAUUCUCAGAACGAAGUUAAGCAACACAAAGAGAAAAGCCAUUUUUACUCCGGACCAACACCAUGGGCGUUUGCUGCGGCAGAAAAAAGUUCUGCGUUUAAAUCAAAGUCAGAAAGAUUUCCAAAGCAGCCUGUAGAUGAUAAUCCUGGCCCUGGAGCAUAUUUUGCUGCUCAGCAAUCUUCAAAAUUGCCAAUAAAAUCAUUUUCUACACUUCCAACAACAAUCCACUCUCCUCUUCAAUUUAGCGCAAUGGUAACACCUGGAAAUACUUCGAGAACUAUUCCAUAUCGUAAUAUUCUUGUACGGAGCACUUCUACCUCACUUGAUCUGGAAAAUGAAAAUAAAUUUUCUGUAAUAACCAGAACUUUGAACGGAGAGAGACGAAUUAGCCUGAACAACAGAGAAGAAAAUGAAUAUCUGAUGGUUGAAUCAGAAGCACAAACAAUCAGAAGACCAAGACUGGUUCAAAAGUCAGAUUUAGAAUAA